UAAACUCUUUGAGUAUAUAGAUACCUGGAAUGCCUUUGUUCUCUGCAGGCCGCAAGCGAGUCCAAGAGCGGCAAGGAAUGCGAGAGAGAAAGGUACGAGCGAUACCACGUGAUACUUCGUCCUCUCUGUCUGUUGAAUGAUCGACGCAUGCGCAGAGAGGACGAACAUUACUCGUCUACCUUUCUCUCUCGCACACAUCUUGGACACAGUUUUUGGAGCCAACAUUCCCCCUCCAUGUCUACAUACUCAAAGGGUGUAGUGAAUAAGAAGGGUUUGGACCACAUUAUAAUGCUAGUGCACAAAACGUAUACCGUAUCCAUUCCGAAACCGGACGACACGGAGGAAUGGCCAGGUGAUUCAGUGGAGAUCGGCCAGGAGGUGAAAUGCUGCGUGAGUCAGAUAGACAACAAGAACAGACCCGCUUUCAUCUGCGGCACUUUGCGGUCCGAUUACUUGCAGGGUUGCAGACUGCCAGACAGUAUAAAUAACAUUGAUAACGUGGACAGUGCAAUUGUUUAGUACUAAAGCGAUUAUAAAAGUAAUAAGUGAAAUAAAGCUUAAAUCAAACAAUCA